ACAUUUAAUCUCUUAAAAAAUGAAAUAAAUGGGCAUGCAGUUAAAGAUGAUGACUAAUUUCUGGAAGUAGAAAAUUUGCCUGAGCAAAUACAUGUUGAUGCCCCAUCCUUCCUUGUUAAUAAAGACACAUGGAAAACAAACUUUGAACUGCACUGCCUAUAUACCAAUCACACUGUAAAAAAAAUGGUAUCAUAAAGCAAAUAUGAUCUGCUGUGAGUGUGAAUAUAAACAGGCAGUAUUACCGUCAUGUAAUCUACCCCGGAUCUCUCUCUUUCUCCCUCUCCUUCAAAUCACUCAAGCACUGUGCACGUAGGCUGGGAUAUGGCGUGACUGAGCAAUUUUACCAUCACUAUAUUUCCUGGACGCUAUCAGCAAUCCAGCUUGUUGUGGGAUCUCUUUCACAUUGUGAAGGGCAGCAACAGAUUUCAGAAUGGACCCACAGGACAAAAUCCGUCAACGCAGGCCUUUACGAGGGCAAUCUCAGGAUAAACCAACAACAAAGAAAAGUCACCACCAAGAGAAAAGCUUCCUAUCCAGUUGCUGCAAACAGAUGAUGUACAUUGAUGCUGUAUUGUUCUUUCUUUUGGUCAUCUACCUCACACUGAAGUCAACACCAGUUGAACCAGAGUCAUAUCGUUUGCCCCCUCCAAGACCCUGGACUGGCCCUCUGUCUGAGAACAACAAGCUUCAGCAAGGCAGAAGGUUGAUGGAAAAGAAAGUCCAUGGACCCGAGUCACUUGCUCUACAAAAUGGCAAACUUUACACUGGGACUGUUGAUGGGAAAGUAGUUGAGAUCAACAAUGAGAAAGACAUCAAGGUUGUAGCUCGUCUGGGAGGAACUACAUGUGGUGACAGUUUUGGUGAAGAAGAGCGAUGUGGACGACCUCUAGCAGUGCGGUUUAUUAAUGACACGCUCUAUGUUAUGGAUGCUUUCUUUGGUCUCUAUCAGCUGGACAUAACAGGAGGAAAAUCACCAAAACAACUUGUUUCCACUAAAACAAGCCUCGGAGGCCACACAAUGAAGUUUGCCAAUGAUUUUCAGCAGCUUGAAAAUGGAACAUUCCUCUUCUCCGAUACCAGUCAUAAGUGGCACAUGACAGAGUACGGUCUACUGGUCUUAGAAAACAAGGCAUGUGGAAGAUUGCUCUGGUACGACCCUGACACCAAGACCAGCGGAGUAGCAAAGGACGGACUCUACUCUCCCAAUGGCAUUCAACUCUCUCCUCAGAAAGACUUUCUCCUCAUCGCAGAAUCAACAAGAUAUCGUAUCACAAAGUACUAUGUAAAAGGUCCAAAGAAAGGCAAAACGGAGAUCUUUGCAAAUAACCUGCCAGGUAUGCCAGACAAUAUCAGCCCCAGUCGCAAUGGGGGCUACUGGGUGGGAUUCGCGCUGGCCAACUCCAGGAUGGGACCGAUGAAGAUGGAUGUUGUUGCCUCCAGGCCUUGGCUCAGGAAAAUUGUCGCUAAGCUUGUUGACCCUACAUCAUUGGUGCCCUACAUGCCCCAGUAUGGUCUGAUCAUAGAGCUGAAUCAGAAGGGAGAGAUUGUACAAAGUCUCCAUGAUCCCACAGGAAAGGUUGUGCCUUCUGUCAGCGAAGUCCUAGACACUGGGGAUGCUCUGUACCUAGGAUCAUAUCAUUCUCCGUUCCUUGUCAAAGUGGACUUAUAAUAGCAAACCAGAGACUAGUUCAAUUAAAACUUUUUUUUUAAUUUCAGUGCAACAUUAUCAUCAGGUGUAACCUUGCCUGGUAUACAUGUAAAUAAGUUUGUGAGCCAGAAACAAUCUGCAAAUAGAUACACAAAAGUGAAGACUAAUAAUACCCAAAUGAUUCGAACAAAAUGUAGGUGUAUGCAUGUGUAAUCAUUAUUUGUGUAUCCACCAAAGGAGUUUGAAAGCGUGCUCUCACUUGGGAAUAAAUCUUUCAUGAAAGCAGGAUGUGAUGCCUAAAUUUACAGUUGAUAAGUGAUGCUACUUCAAGACUAGAAUUACAAUUUAGGAUGACACUCCUAUGCUUUUUGUUCCAUUAGCAAGUGGAACAGUUGUCACCAUCAGCAGCCCAACUGUCCAAGCACUAAUUUUAUCUACCAAUAACUUUAAAUUAUCUAAACUUGAAAUGUAUUGGCACUACUUAACCAUCGGCAUAUGGCAUAAUAGUAUUGUGAAUUUAUGAUGGGUUUAUAUGGUGAUGCUUGAGACUCAACCAAGAAAACAAAUACCAUACACAUGACAUUCAGUUAGAUCUACAGUUCAUAAUAAGUACUGAAACGACACUUUUAAGUAUUAAGAGUGAUAUUCUCAUGGCUAUGGAUGAUAAGUCCCCAUAUUACUUUUAUUAGAUCUUAGUAGUGCAUUCGAUACCAUUGAUCAUACUUACCUACAGCAUAAAACAAAUACUUUGGUAUUAAGGGUGUAGUACUUGACUGGAAAGAAUCAUAUUUAACUGACAGAUGUCAACGGAUCCAAAUUAUCAUGAUGGUAUUUAAUCUAAUCAAAGCCCCUUAACACUAUUUUUCAGAUUAUUCCAGCCUCUGAAAUGUCCCAUACAUAACGAGCAUGAUUUAUUGGACUUGCCCAAAUUGUAUGCACGCUAUUCAAACAGAGGCUAUUCCUGUUAACCUGAAAGUUUGUCUAAUAUAGCAGCAAGUAAAUUAUGCAAACUCACACCAAAUAUUUCAUUUUAUUUAAUAUCGACAGGUUACUACAUUAUUACAUUGGGUUGAUAGGAUUCAUAGGAAAAAAAUAAACUCAAAUCACUUUAAAAAGGGCUUUUAAGAAAGAUAGGCGUUGUGAAACAAGGGGGGUUUUAUGGGGUUGGGUAUUGUUAUAUACAUGUGUGGCCCCUUUUAAAAUUUGCCCCAUACAUGUGCAGGUUUUGAAAAAAAUCAUGGAUGAACUGUAUUUUUAGAACCCAUUUUAAAGUGUGAAUAAAGAUCCAUACUUUGAUUCACUCAUUCAGCAUCGUUAAGAAGGGGAGUUGGGUGUUUGAACAAAUUGUUUUCAUUUAACUUUACUUUCCUGCGGUUUUAAAUGCAAGUGCUUUGCACUAAGCCUAAGGACCAUUUUGCAACCGAGUUAAUACCCAAACUAUGGUUGAUGACCAAAUGAGAAUCUAUAUCACAAACACCCUCAAUUUGUUUUGCAUAUUAUUACAAGGAAUAUGCAAUAUUUUUAUUUGAUUUUGUAGAUUGAUAUGAAGUGCUUGAUUGAAGCAAUGUUUAAGAAGACCAUGUUUUUCAUAAGAAAAGGAAUUAUACUACAAUGUGUGGCCAGUGUCAUAAGUUCCCUCAUAUAAUAUCACCCAUUCUGAACACUCACUCCAAAAGAUAGACAGUCAACCUCCCCGAAACGUCGAGCCUUCUCUCCUGCUCCUGCUAUACAGCUCCAUUCACCAACUCAAGCCAGCCUUCUUCUCAAGCCUCUCUCACCUCUCUGGUUUACAGUAAUUUUACAGACUGCACUCAUUCCGAAAAGAAUACACUACUUCCCAACCUCCACUUUCUUGCCUUUCCAUUUCACUUCCAUCUCGAUCCACUUUUAUCUCAGUUCUUUCCAGGACUUUACACACGGUGUACUGUAAACCACUUCUCUGAUUGUUCAUACCACCAAUCAAGCCUUCAACAUCAUCAGAUAUCACCUAUGUUGUGCAUUAACUGUUUUAAGAAAUUAACUGAAACUUUUUUUUUAAUAAACUUUAUUUCAAUUUGAUUUAGAUGAAACUUGUUAAGUCUUAUGCUUUUUCUUGUAUAUUGCAAAAUCUCUAUUGACAAAAAUUAAAAUUCCUUGACUGCUCUAUUUAUUCAUUUGUUUAUUAUUUAUGAUAAAAGACAUAUUUAAUUGUUUAAUACUGACUAGUUGCUUUGCCAUGGGUGGGUAAAAAAUUCAAAUGUUUAUUCACUAUCUCAUGAAUUGUAAAUUAUAGACUUAUGCUUUAUUUCUAAGAAGUAAAUUCUUAAAAUAUUUCUGUAAUCAAGUAUAUAUGAUAUCGAGUGUACAAAUACCACAAAUGAUUUGUUGUAUGAUUUGAGGGAUGACAAGGUGUAAACAGCUGAAAACAUGUUUAAUUCCUGAAAAUGUUAAGUCUUUUGGGGUUAUUUUUGUCUCCCUCAAGUUACAAAAAAUGCAGUUUCUCAGGUACAACUAUUCUGCCCAACUUUGACAAAAGUAAGCAAGUGACACAUUUCUGCAACACCCUUUGUAUGUUGCACGUUCAGGCAAAAUUUGAGAAAGAAAGAUAUUGAAGAAAAAUAUGCUGUUAAAUUGCAUUGAUGCCUAUGUAAAUGACAAACACAUAUUGCUAAUUUACAACAAAUGAUACUUUUGUAACUUGCUUCCUUUUGCCAAAACUUGUACGGCAGUAUUGUCUACUCACUCUGAGAUGUGAACAAAUAUUGUUGAGUCACGAUCAUCUGGUUUGAUGAAGCCAUGACCUUUGCUCCUUUCAAACUCAGUGAUUACACCGGUCUUGAUGGGACCCUCAGAGGCUAUCCUAGACCUG